AUGUGUUGUUGCAUCAGGUAUGAUACACACUUCCAUAAAGUAUUCAAAGUUUAUACAAAACUAUGGAAAUUCCAACAAGAGAAUCGACAAAAGCUGGUGGAAUCUGGUCUUAAAAGAUGGGAAAUUGGUGAUAUUGCAUCAAGAAUUGGUCAACUUUAUUUUGGGCAAUAUAUGAGAACAAGUCAAGCCAGUUAUUUAUCUGAGGCUUAUAUUUUUUAUGAAGCAGUUUUAACAAGAGAGUAUUUUAAAGAUGGAUUAUUCCAAGAUCUUAAUCUUGCAAAUAAACAAUUGAGAUUUCUUGCUAGAUUUUUGACAGUUUGUCUUGUGUUGAAUCGAAGAGAAAUGGUGUAUCAGUUGGUAAAUCAGCUCAAAAUGUUGGUUUCUGAGAUCAAAAGGGCGUUUCAAGUAUUAAUCUUUUUGUUAUUUGUUACAAGGGCGUUUCAGGAACUAAUUUCUAUUUUUUGA